AUGAACGUCACACAGGACUCCGUACAACCACCGUAUACCACGACCACCACCACCGGUAAAUCACAAGGAAUCAGUGACUACCUAUUUGUCGUCGGAUUCUUUGUCCUAAUCCUCCUUCUACUCACCCUCACCUUCACUUCUUACAUCUGCAAACGCUCUCGAUCACCACCACCCACCAUCUCUUUCGGUGCCACCAUCCACAAUAAUGUCGACCACCGACUUAUAACAAUCUCUCCAGGCCUUGAUGAUGAUGUUCUCCUGACUUUUCCGACGUUUCUUUACUCUCAGGCUACGAUGGCUCACAAGGGUGUCACUCCUGCCGAUGCCAACGCCUCUGGUUGCUCUGUCUGCUUGGCUGAUUAUAAACUGGAGGACGUCGUCCGCUUAUUGCCGGAAUGCGGCCACUUGUUUCAUGUGAACUGUAUAGACACAUGGUUGAAGGUUCAUCCUACUUGUCCGGUGUGUCGGAACUCGCCGGUAGCCAAGAAAGUCCCACCAUUACUUCAACAACUUGAGUUGACUGGUCAAUGA